AAUGGAGACACAUAAGUUCUUGGUCUUCAUAAUCUAUUCUCUUCUCUCUGCUUCACUUCUCUUAUCUUCACCACUUCCAGACCCUGAAGCUGUUGUCCAAGAAUUUCACAAGAGCAUAAAUGCGUCACUUCACAAAGCAAAGACAAGGAGGAGCUUAGCGUACCUCUCAUGUGGGACCGGAAAUCCCAUGGACGACUGUUGGCGAUGCGACCCGAACUGGCACGAAAACCGAAAGCGUCUAGCGGAUUGCGCAGUCGGGUUCGGUAAGAAGGCCAUAGGUGGCCGAGACGGCAAGAUCUAUGUGGUAGCCGAUUCAGGCGAUGACGAUCCGGUUAAUCCUAAACCGGGAACCUUAAGACACGCGGUGGUUCAAGACGAACCGCUCUGGAUCAUAUUCGAGAGGGACAUGACGAUCCAGCUUAAAGAGGAGCUAAUCAUGAACUCGUUCAAGACGAUCGACGGUCGUGGAGCGUCCGUACACAUCGCAGAUGGGCCAUGUAUCACGAUCCAGUAUGUGACGAACAUUAUAAUCCAUGGUAUACAUAUCCAUGAUUGUAAACAAGGUGGUAACGCCAUGGUUCGAAGCAACCCGAGACAUUUUGGGUGGCGGACGCUGUCGGAUGGAGACGGUGUGUCUAUAUUCAGUGGUAGCCAUGUUUGGGUUGACCAUUGCUCAUUUUCUAACUGCGCGGACGGUCUCAUUGAUGUUGUUAUGGGUUCGACGGCAAUCACUUUGUCUAACAAUUUCAUGACCCAUCAUGAUAAGGUUAUGUUGCUUGGACAUAGCGAUUCAUAUGAACGUGACAAGAUCAUGCAGGUCACUAUUGCUUUUAAUCAUUUUGGAGAAGGUCUUGUCCAAAGAAUGCCAAGGUGUAGAUAUGGAUAUUUCCAUGUGGUGAAUAAUGACUACACACAUUGGGAGAUGUAUGCAAUUGGAGGAAGUGCUAAUCCUACAAUCAAUAGUCAAGGGAAUAGAUUUGUGGCCCCUGACAUUAGAUUUAGCAAAGAGGUCACCAAGCACGAGGACGCACCCACGAAUGAGUGGAUGAACUGGAACUGGAGAUCUGAAGGAGACUUGUUGCUAAAUGGUGCGUUUUUCACGCCCUCGGGUGCUGCAUCAUCCUCUAGAUUUUCCAAGGCGUCAAGCCUAGCAGCUAGGCCGUCUUCCAUUGUCGGAUCUUUAACAGUCGCAGCGGGUGCUUUGAACUGCCGUAAGGGUGUCCGUUGCUGAUCCUGGCCAAGAAUGAAGAAAGUCACAAUAAAUGGCAAGUGGUUUACAUCUACCACCAUCCACCAAUUGAGGGGACAUGAAUAUAUACUUGAUUUACAUCUAUAUUGCUGUUCUUUUGUUAUUAGAUUCUAGAGAGCUUCACAUUCAUCACAACUGUUGCUCUAAUUAGAAUCCAUUAAAGGAUUUCUGUUUUUAAGGAAUCAUUAGUGGGAUCACU